AUGAUAAGCUUACGUAAAGCUUCAUUUUUUGAAAGAUAUCAAAUAUGCCGUACUGAAAACAAGUAUUAUCUGAAUUUUAAUGUAACUGUUGAAUACCCUUUCCCUAUAUCAAAAGCGAAAUUAUCCCAUGCUAUAUCAAGUCUCAUUAGAGAUAAUCCAAUUCUAGGUUGCAAUUUCUUUGGUAGCACCGACAAUGAUUAUAAAGAUUAUGUAUUGAAAAGUAUCCCAAUUACAUUUGAUUCUGUUGUUGAAUAUACGGAAUUUGAUGUGAGUCUGGAAUUCUUUGAAUUUUUAAACACUAUUUAUUUUGAAAUGAAUUGCACCAAACCUUUAUGGAAAUUAUUUAUUAAAGACAAUAGAAUAACUAUUUGUUGCAACCAUGGGUUUUUUGAUGGUAAUGGUGGAGCAUUUUUCCAUAAAGAAUUAUUUCGAUUGUUGGAAAAUACCACUGAUGAUGUUGAAUUCAAAGAUAUUUUGAGUAAAGAAGUGGAUUUAUUACCCAAAUCAGUAAUGGAGACUUGUCCCUUAUACAAAACACCAAUAUGGUUUUUAAUAAGAGGGGUUUUACAAUCAUGGAUACCAAAUUGGGUAAAAAAGUUGAUGUCUUAUUGCACUUAUCCAAACAUCAAUAAAUAUCCUAUGUUUAAAAAUAAACCUAUAUCAUUGAAUCAACGUACAAAAUAUAGUGUAAUUAAUUUGAAUAAUGAUACAGUGUCAAAAAUGUUGGCCAUUACCAGAUCCACAUCAACAAAGUUAACUCCAUGGCUCAUCACCAUUGCCUUACAGACAUUCCAAGAGUUUCACCCCAAUAGGUCAAUGUCCAUAGCGAUUCCGUUAAAUGGCAGACGAUACUUUGAUUUAGAUAUGUUUCAAGUUGCUGUAGCCCAAAGUAGUAUAGAUAUAGAACCAAUCACCAACCCAAUUGCUACCACAAACUAUAUUACAAAACAUUUACAACGCGAUCUUGACUCUCGUCAUCCAUUUUAUUUAGUUGGGUUUUUGAAAUACAUUAAUAUUGGAUCUUUUCUUAAAUCAAAAAUCGGUACCCAUUCACGGUCAACCAUGGAGAUUUCGAAUGUUGGGAAAAUGCCAUUGCCCUGCUGGUUCAGCCAAGAUAAUGGAUUCCUGUCUCAUUUGCAGUUCAACGUGGUCUCAUCACCUCAAGGUAUGAACAUAGUGAUAGGGCUUCUUGAUUUAGACGUUGAUAGUUAUACCAAAGCGUUUUUAAAGCGCAUAAUGGCUGUUUUAGAUGCGCAUGUAGAUUAA